CAAACUUCGUCCCACCUUCUCCCCCAAUUUCCGUGCGAUGGACCUCCUGGACUCGGACCCUCGGUUCGAGUACCGGAACAGGGUAAUCGGUGCCCCCGCGGGUCCUCCUUAAAUUGGGGGAGCUCGUCGCGGUCGAGCGGACGACACACGAAGACGUGUCUUCAUAUCGCCUCGAGAUCGCCAUGGACCCAACUCCCGCACUCAAGGCGCCCGAGCUCUUUUCGCUCGCGGGUAAGAACGCACUCAUCACAGGCGGGACACGAGGCAUCGGUGCCGGUAUGGCCAUCGCGCUGGCGGAGGCCGGUGCGGACAUCUGCCUCGUUAUGCGCGAGCCGCCGCCGGGCACGCAGCCCAACAUGUCCACUGCGGACGCGAUUCGCGCACUAGGCCGUCGCGUCGAGAUCGUCCACUGCGACCUCGCCGAUCUCCCGGCCGUCAAGGGCCUCUUCGAGAAGGCGCUCGCCGCGAUGGGCGGCACGAUCGACAUCCUCAUCAACUGCGCGGGCAUCCAGCGGCGCGCGCCAGCGGUUGACUUUAGCGAGCAGGACUGGGAUGACGUCAUCAACGUCAACCUCAAAUCGGUCUGGCUGCUCGCGCAGCAGGCGGGGCGGCACAUGGUGCCGCGGCGCCGCGGGAAGAUUAUCAACGUUUGCUCGCUCGUAACCUUCCAGGGUGGAAUCACCGUCCCGGCGUACGCCUCUGCGAAGGGCGGGUUGGGCACCCUUACCAAGGCGCUCUCCAACGAGUGGGCCUCUCAUAACGUGCAGGUAAACGGCAUCUGCCCGGGCUACAUUGCCACGGACAUGAAUGAAAAGCUGCUAAACAACCCGGAGCGCCUGCGCCAGAUAUCCGAGCGCAUACCUGCUGGCCGGUGGGGAGAACCGAAGGACUUCGCCGGGCCGGCGGUCUUCCUUGCCAGCGACGCUAGCACGUAUGUCAGCGGCGAAUUGCUGCUCGUUGAUGGCGGUUGGAUGGGCCGAUAGGUGGACGGCGAGGCGUAGGGAUAACAGAGAAGCUAUAAACGGGAGCUCCAGCCAGGGCGUAUGCCACCGGGUAUGGGUUGUAUUACUAUCAUCCACGGUUGAAUGCAAGAAUCAGACUCUUCAAGCGUG